CUCUUAUCGUCUGCUAUCCACCUCCGUCCCAAUGGACAGUCAUUCUUUUUAUACACGGGCAUUUGCCAGUUAUAUUCGUACUGGCGAAGGCAACCUUAUCCAAUCGUUCGGCUAUGAUAACGUCCGCUUGCAAGAGGCGUGGUUCAAGUUACAACCCGUCUUCGCGACGCAGGAGCCAAGCUUGUGGCAUGUGUUCUCUUACAGGUGGGAGGAUGGAGUACACAUCUCUGUCUAUGAGCUGCAGCAGCCACAGGGGGUGUUCGGCGUGGUAGUACGCGACCUCUCCGCAGAUCGCAAGUCGGACGAAGUCUUUGCUCGAUUACUGCUCAACCACCUGAGUCGGUAUGGCGACGAGCUGACGAAGCCGGUCUGCUGCAAUGGGAAGCUUCUUGCGGAUCGCCUGGUCGAAGUGUUUGAACAAGACCUGCUAUUUCAGCCCCCCGGUUCGCAGUGGGACGCGGUUGGUAGGGUCGCCAUGCGCGAGACCAUAUCAUUUUUCACAUCCCGAGAGCUUCCAGUUGUGAUGUGUCUGCCUGCUUUCCCCUGCAAGUCGUCGAAUCUCAACAAGGUGGGCGGCGUGGGUCCGGAUCGGGGAGAGGAGCUGGCGUUGCGGCGGCUACACGAGGUACUGGGUCGUAUGCAGGAGAUCUACGUCCCUGGGGCAUAUCUCUGCAUCAUCAGUGACGGACAUGUCUUCAGCGACUGCAGUGAGUCGUUCACCCCAAGCUGUGUCUUUUUCCAGUCACACAACCUGAACCGCGCCAUCGACGACAGCAACUGCCAACGCAUCAGCUUCUUAUCGCUGCCCGACCUCCUCGAAGGCGGGCAGACGGGCAACGGCCUCCCCCUCCCAGCCUUGCAGCACCACAUUCCCACCGAUCUGACAGGUGAAUCUGAACUCUGUCGACAGAUGUUGCUGCACAUGUGCGGCUCCAACCCGGACGGCCUCCGCAACCAGAUCCUGAUGCAGAAAAAAGACGUGCUGGCGCUCUACAGGGGGUUUGCACGCUUCAUGCUCGAAGACUUGGAGGAGCACGCGGUGGCGCGGGGGCUCUCUCGCUCGCAGCGCAAAAGGUUGGCCGAGAAGCUGGCCUUCGAGAUGGUUCUGCGCAACCAGGCGUACUCAAACCUAACGGAGCUUUUUCUGCCGCAUUUUCUGCGAUUGUCCAUUCACGCCCACGCCAACCGCGGGCCAAAAUUUGGGAUCUGCCUUUUUGACCGAGCCACGACCCGCCUCAUCCGCCGCGUACACAAGCUCGCCGACGGCCUCGGGAGCUUUGUCGACGAGGCCUCGCCGCACCAACUCCACAUCCCCACCCCCUGGCAUAACUGCGUAUUGCAGUUCGCGGGACACCAGGUUGUCUGUGUGGCGAAAGCCAAGCUCGUCCGGGAUGCCCUGGCUAGCGGUCAGGUGCGCGGGGAUUGGGUGGCGGCCGAUGUGGCGGCGGGUCGCGGGGGUUACUUUGCGCUCAGCUGGGUGGAGGAGGACCUGGUGCAACUGAUACUUUCGGCAUCGUUCCCUCGGUGGCAGGCAUGA